AUGCGCAUAUUCGUCUCAAAAAAGCGAUUGUUUACCCGUGUGACCUGGGCGUCAGGCAGUGGCUGCUGGGGGUGAGGGGCGACUGGUGACACUGAACGGCGGCGGCGGCGGCAGGGACGCAGCGCCACAGAGCAUAUGCUGCAAUGGCUUGGACACUGAGCUCCCUGAAGACACUAUCAUUGCUACAGCUUUGCCUGGCUGUCACAUUCUUUUUGUCUGGCUUGUGCAUCAACUUGAUCCAGCUGAUCCUCUAUGUGACCAUCAAUCCAUUCAGUGAUAGGCUUUUCAAGAAGAUCAAUUAUUAUUUGCAUUAUGUCAUCUGCUCUGAGCUGCUCUUCCUGGCCGAGUGGUGGUCGGGUUCAGACUGCCGCUGCCACGUCGACAAGGACGCGAUGAAGUACUUCGGCCACGAGCACGCGCUGCUCAUCAUGAACCACACCUACGAGGUGGACUGGCUCAUGGGCUGGAUCGUAGCCGACAGGUGCAGCGUUCUGGGCAGCGCCAAGGUGUACGUGAAGGACAUGCUCCGAUACGUGCCCAUCAUCGGCUGGUCGUGGGUGUUCUCCAGCAUCAUCUUCCUGCGCCGCAAGUGGGAUGACGACAAGGAGCACAUUGAUCGGCAGCUGGCCGUGCUGGCCGACUACCCGGACCCCGUCUGGCUGCUCAUCUUCUGCGAGGGCACACGCUUCACGCGCGCCAAGCAUGAGGCCAGCAUGGAGGUGGCCCGCAAGAAGGGCCUGCCCGAGCUGCGCAACCUGCUGCUGCCGCGCACCAAGGGCUUCACCUACUCCGCGUCGCGACUGCGCGGAAAGUUCGCCGCCGUCUACAACCUUACCGUCUGCUUCGACACGGAGAACUACGCCGAGCCGACGCUGACCAACAUGGUGCGCGGCAAGAAGAUCCUGGGCGACAUGUACAUCGAGCGGAUACCGAUGGACGAGGUGCCUGAGGACGAGAGCGAGGCGGCCGAGUUCCUGCACAAGCUGUACCGGCAGAAGGACAAGAUGCUGACGUCAUACCACGAGACGGGCAGCUUCACCCAGCUGUCGGGCGCGCGUGAGCUGACGACGGUGCGCCUGCCGCGGCGCUUCUUCUCGCUACUCAACACGACGGCGUGGGCGGCGCUGGUGCUGACGCCGCUGGUGCGCUCGCUGCUGGCACUCCUGCUGUCCGGCUCCACCGUGCAGGUCGUCUCCGGCCUGCUCGUCGUGGCUCUGUUGUUCUUCAGCAUGUACAAGAUGAUCGGUCUCACCAAGAUCAGCAGGUCGUCGUCUUACGGGCAGACCAGCCGGAAGCGGGAGUAGGCCGACCGUCCGCGGAGUCUCGCCGCCGUCCGGAGCGCACGCGCCGUGUGUCCGCCCCAGGGGUCCCGCCGGGCCGUACCUGCCUCGGGGGUCCCGCCCAGGGCGUACCUGCCGCGGGGUGUCCCGCCCGGGGUACACUCGCUCGGGCUGUGGUCCCUUGGGGUGCGCCCCGCCCAGGGUACACCCGCUCGGGCUGUGGUCCCUUGGGGUGCGCCCCGCUCAGGGUACACCCGCUCGGGCUGUGGUCUCUUGGGGCGUACCCUGUCGGGGUACACUCGCUCGGGCUGUGGUCUCUUGGGGCGCACCCUGUCGGGGUACACUCGCCCGGGUCGUGGUCUCACGAGGUGCCCCUGUGACGGAGGUACGGUCCGUGGCGCUGAAACAUACCAGGUCGACGCCGCCCGGCGACUGUAUGCUCAACGCGUAGCGUCCCCGUGUCUUUGGGCCAGUUUGCGGUGGCGGCGCUGGACCGCGAUCCGCGCAGCGACAGGGCGGGUGUUCCGCGCGUCGCCAGCCGCAGCAGCGGAGUGGCCGCGCUUGUAUCAGGUGUCGAGGUUAGUGUUCGCGCACCCGCACGCACGCGUGCGUGCGUGCGUGCGUGCGUGCGUGCGUGCGUACGUGCGUGCGUGUGUGUGUGUGUGUGUGUGUGGUCCGGGUGCCUGACCCGGCGCUGACCCGGUCAGCAUCCGCAGCCGAGAGUAGGGUCGUAGGUCCGCAGUGUGACCUGGGUGAAGUGUUCGCCCGCCUCGGUAGUGGCCGCGGGUCGGGGAGCAAUAGAUGGGCGUCCCCGUGCGGACCGGCCCGGGUCUAGUCCGCCGUCGCCCCUACUCGGAAGGCGCGAGUCACCCAUUAUACGCGGUAGUCCACGGGUGUUACUUAACAAGUCAGCGGCGCCGGUCGCGGCAGGCGCGUCAGUUUCUCGUUACUUGCUCAGCAGUCCGCUCACUGCCUCUGUGCGCGGUGGGAGCGGAGCAUCGCGCCGCCCAAAAUGUGUGUAAAUAUAUGUAGGAACACUGAGGCAGCAUUAUGUUAGACGGCGAUCGAGCAAGGUUUCGAGAGUUUUCGCCGGCUGUGGUGUUAAACCCACAAGCGACAGUAGAUGUACUGGCGGAGCGGCGCGCGACCACUGCUGUCUGGAACGACGCCGGGCGGGCAUUACACGGCCGGCACCGGGCCCCGCACGAGCUUAUUGUUAUACUACAAAUACAUGCGUGAUGCCUGUCAUCCCCGGCGUGA